AUAAACCAUUUUAAAAAUAAUACAAAAUAUGUUGUUUACCAGCAGGGUGGUUUAAACCCCAAGGCUAUUAAAAAUAAUAUCUUUAAAUUUAAGUAUAACUUAAUUAUGGAAAUAGCAUUGUUAAUGGGUUGAGCUGUUGGAGUUGUAGUAUACAGAGAGAGUUUUCUUGGGAUUUUAAUUUGCUUAGAAGUGUUUAUACUAGUUAUGUUUUUAUUUGUUUGUUUUUUCUUUUAUGUGGAAAUAAAUUCAUUUGGGAUUUUUAUAGCGAUUAUUUUUUUAAGUAUGGCGGUUUGUGAGGCUGUCUUAGGGUUGGCGUUGUUAGUGAGUUCUUCUCGGUUAUGUUCUUCCUUCAGCUCUCACUCUUUUUCAUUAUUGAAGUUUUAA